CUCGGUAUACACAAUUUAUUACUUUUUUAUGGAGCAACUCAUUAUUGUAAUGCAUUACUUGUAAAAGGAAGGUUCCCCAGUGCUGGUGUGGAGUCUGUGUGUGUGUGCGCGCGUGUGCGUGUGAGUGUGUGUGUAAGUCUCGCUCGUGCCCCUAGAGGGCUCGUGUCCGUGUCUCUCUCUCCGUGUCUGUCAGUGUAUGUCCGUCGGUCGGUUCUUCGGUCUGUAUGUGAGUUCGGGACUCGCUCAUCAUGUCCUCCGCGGGUGCUGCUGCGGGAGCUUGCGGACCGGCACCGGGACCGAAUCACGGCGGUUCUGUUCCCGCGCCCGGCGCCUCCAACCCGCGAAAGUUCAGCGAGAAGAUCGCGCUGCACACGCAGAGACAGGCGGAGGAGACGGCGGCGUUCCAGGAGGUCAUGAUGGACCUCACCUCCACCCGGAUCCAGGCGCAGAAGGUCCGGUUGGCCAGAACUCAGGGCCCGUAUUACGGCGGAUCUCUGCCCAACGUCAACCAGAUUGGCAGGAACGCCUCAGAGCUGCAGGGCUCAUUUCACUCUCCGCUGGACUCGAGUCGCUCCACGCGGCAUCACGGUCUGGUGGAGCGCGUUCACAGGGACCGGCGCUUCAUCUCUCCCAGCAGACCUUACAGGAGACAAACGGACAGCUCUCACAGCAGCUCAGUGUAUCUGUCUCCGCCCACUGACCCCAGCUGGAGAAGGAACUGCAACAGUAACUUUCCGAUGGACAAGAGCCAGAUAUUCCAGCAGCUGCCGACCACAGCGCUCAACAGGACUAACUCUGAUUCGGCGCUGCACACGAGUGUGAUGAACCCUCCGGGUGGAGAUCCGUUCAACGCAGGACUCAGCGCCCCGGGCCGGCGAGCCGUCUUCCCCUAUCCUGUUCCUCCCAUCGAGGAGAACGGACCCGAUGACGGACGCCUCCUCAAACCCUGGGAGUCCAGAAAGCUGCCGCAGCUCUCUUCACGACCAAAGUCCUGUGAGAUGCCUGGAAUCACUAUAUUUCCGUCUCCGGACCAGCAGGGCGGCGCUUCUCACGGCCCCACUAUGUUGAAUACGGGCGGUUCUCUGCCGGAUCUGUCCAGCCUGCACUUCCCGUCCCCGCUGCCGACCCCGCUGGACCCGGACGAGCCGGGAUACCCGUCUUUGAGCGGCGGCAGCAGCACGGGGAACCUGACCUGCACCCUCACGCACCUCGGCAUCAACAGCCCCAACGCCUUAUACUCCACCGGUCUGCUGCCGUCUCUGCAGGGCACGUCCAGUAACCCCUCCCUCCAGUCGUCGCUUAGCAACCCCAACAUCCGAUCGUCUCUCAGCAGCCACUCGUUCCCCAACUCGCUGAGCUCCCUGCACUCGUCCCUGAGCAACCCCUCCCUCCAGUCUUCGUUAAGCUCCUCCCCCUCGCUGAGGUCGUCGCUCAGCGGCCAGUCGCUGCACUCGUCCCUCAGUAACUCGUCCCUCAGCAGUCACUCGCUGCAGUCGGCGGCCAGUAACGCCAGUUACAGCGGUUCGGGCUCCUUCGCUCCGCUCGUACCUGGACAGGUGCAGUCGCAGAUGAGCACGUCCCCGCGCAGGCGAGCGCAGCUGACCCCGGUGAUCCUGCCUCCGGACACGCGCAGACAUCACCCCAAACAGUUCUCGCCCACCUCCUCCACCCUCAGCUCCAUCACGCAGGGUGUGGCUCUGGACACCAGUAAGCUGCAGGCGGAUCAGAGGUUGUCUCAGUAUUCUUUCGGGCAGCAGCAGCAGGUUCAGAAGGGUCUGGGUUCUGCGCAGACGCACGCGCUCCGCCCGUCAUCGCAGACAGCGCAGCUCCACCUGCACAACAUGCAGAACCUGCACAAGUCGCAGAACUUCCAGAUGCAGCCGCUGAAGCGAGCGAACCCUGCGGGUUACGGGUCCGCGGACGCGUCCCAGACGGAUGCGCAGACGGAGAACCGGUCCGAUCAGCGCGCCCAUCCUCUCUCUUCCCUACAUCAGAUGAGUCCGGCUCUCAGUGGAGAUCUGGACCUGUACAACGACUCAAUGUUCCUGAACUCACUGCUGGACGACCCGUACCUGGGCAUGCAGUUAACCAGCCGCCAGAACCAGAACCUGAACCAGCAGUUGAGUCUGGACUCUCAGCUGGAGUCUCUGAAUCAUGACGGCGGCUCUGCUGCGGUUGCGAAGGCUCAGAGCGGCUCGUAUCACGGUCAGCCGGCGUCGCUGGAGCUGCUGGACUCCUCAGAACAACAGAUGAUCAAUCAGAACCAGAGUCAGAGCUACACAGACGGGCGACACGCUGUACCCAACAUCAUCCUGACCGGAGAUUCUUCAUCAGGACUGUCUAAGGAGAUCACAAGCGCGCUGUCGGCCGUCCCGGGCUUCGAGAUGGACCCGUUCUCGUCGGACGACCCGCUCCGGAUGGACCCGCUGGCGCUGGAGGGUCUGGGCAUGCUGACGGACGGGGACCUGAUGCUGGCCGACCCCGCGGUCGAGGACUCCUUCCGCUCCGACCACCUCAAAUGACUCGCAGAGAGUCGGCGAACGUUCGAACGCGAGCGGAGACGCGCACGUGGCACUUUGGGUCGAGCGCCGGCAGGUCACGUGACUUGAGUCUUAGCUGCAUGCUAACGAACGCGCUUCAACCGUGAGCUUCAGCCCUUUAACUCUGCGCUUCUCAGACGAUCAAAGCCGCACGAUCCACUUCCUGUUACAGAUAUCGCCGCACGCCGCCACAGCCGCAGAUGACCGAUCACAGCCACGUGCCUCCACCCGACGCUGCUCAGGUGCUUCGGUCCCAGCAUGCACUGCACCGCACCAGGUUAACGCAGAACCCACACACACACUUAGAGGUGAUGUGAGUCGUUGUUUGACAGCUCAGCUGCUUCAGCCAAUCAUGUGCGUUUGGGGGCGGGGCUAUCAGUCUGACUAACCAAUGACGGGGAGGGAAAUACUCAGGAGACUGUUUGAUGUCAUGUGGCUGUGUUCAGAACUGCAUACUACCAUACUGCAGUAUACAACACGUGUUUGUACUCGGUGUGUCUGCAUGCACGGAAAACAACGGCACAGAUAGUGUAUCCCACAAUGCAAUGUGCCUGAGUUUCUCCUGACAAUGCAAAAUAAAUUAGAAAUUAAUAAAUAAAAAUAAAUUAAAAAUAGAUUUUUAUUUCAGAUAAGCUGCAUGCAACUCACAUGACGCAUACUAUCAUUUGAAACAUCGUGGAAUAAUGACUCGCUGUUUAUAAACUAUAUAUAAUUCAUUAUGCAAUAUAUAUAUAUUUUAAUAUAUGUUACUAUAAAAAGUAACGAAUUACUAGAUGCUAAUUACUUGAACAGUGUAAUUACUCUAAAAAUGAUAAUAAAAUUGCAUAAAUUAUAUACGAACUGACCAAAGUAUUUAAGAAGAGAAGGUUACGGUAAAAACAUACAUUUUUAUAAUUAGAUGUUAAAUUUUGAAGUCUUAUAUAGAAUCGUUCUAUAAUCAGUAUUUAAUGCAAAUAACUGGAAUUAAAUUACAGAAAAAUUAAGAGUAAUCUCUUACUUUAUUUUUUUUAAGGACAAAGUAAUUAAAAUUACAGUAAUACCGUUUGUAUAUGUGUAUAUAUAUGAAGAGUUUAUUUGCAAAAACGGAUAAUAUGUUCAAAAAUCAUGUUUUUUUAAUGUUAUCAUUUUUACUUUAUAUCAAAAUAACCCAACUGCAAUUUGAUUGAGAUUAAUUGAAUUGCACAAUGAAAAAACAUUAUUUUUUAAAAAUUGUUAAAAACUGAGAUAUAUAUAUAUAUAUAUAGAUAGAUGGAUAUUUUUUCUAAUAUAUAUAUUUUUCAAAGCAGCUUACAUUCAUAAAUGGGAAAAUGACAAUCAGUGAUGCAAAACUCGGCAAAUAUUCCAAUAUAAAUCAGACAGUAGAGUGAUUAUCAGAUGAAGUUUUUUACAGAUUAGUAUGCAGUAUAUAGUGUGCACUGUGCAGUAUGCAGUGAGCUGGUAUUCUGUUCUGAACACAGCCGCUAUAUUUAGACCCACGUCACCUUUAACGCAUGAGAACAGACGUUGUUUUUACCGAUGACAUUUAACAGCUGUUCUGGAUGAUCUCUGAUCCAGACUAACUAGUUCUAGUGCACUAGUUAAAGCAUCAGCGUGUUUGUGUCGCCGCAUGUGCUGAACCACUGAAACGGUGUCGUCAAUGACCAAAUACGUGUGUGAGUGUGUGGGGACCAAAUGUCCCCACAAGGAUAGUAAAACCUGAAAUUUUUGGCCUGUGGUCCCCACAAUGUUAAAAAAUAUUAGAAAUAGUAAAUGAUGUUUAUCUGAAAGUGUAAGGAUGCAAACAUGUUUUCUGUGAGGGCUAGGUUUAGGGUUAGGGUUGGGUUAGGGGAUAGACAGUAUCGUUUGGUCAGUAUAAAAUCUAUACAAGUCUAUGGAAAGUCCCCACAAUUCACAAAAACAAACGUGUGAGAGUGUGUGUGUGUGUGUGUGUGUGUGUGUGUGUGUGAGGUUUACUGCGACGCGCUCGUCUGCACUCUUUUCUGCCUGUAUUUGCACGUUUAUUCUCCUGAGCAAGGCCAUAUUCAGAGGAACACGUAUUUUUAUGUAACUAAAUACUGCGUACUAUGAGAUUUAUUUUUAAAUAAAGUUGCUAUAGAUGUUUAUGCGCAUAAAUGUAUAUUUGUAUAUGAAACAAACGAACGAAUACGUUGAGAAACGCGUCGAUCGGCAGGUGGAUUGUGGAAGUUUUCAGGUGAAUCUCACAAGAACAAAAUGUCACGUUUCACCCCAAAAUCAAAGGAAAGAAAUGAUCAAUGAUCCUUUGCAACCAAAAACACUGAUGCAUUUUUAUUUUUAGCCCAAAUUCACAUGACAUGCAUUCAUUGUGGGGGGGUAAAUGGGCUCAACUGUAUUAAAAAAAAAUAUCACAAAGGCAAAGAAAAAAAAAGGUUUUAUGCAGUUGAGACCUUGGAAAAGGGUUUUAAUAAAGUCUAGAAUCAGUUUUAAUUACAAAGAAAUCUUAGAAUAUCAUAGACAUUUUAUCUGUCAUAUUAUAACAUUCAUUUUGCAAUGAAAAUAGAUUAUAGAAGCCUGUUUCUACCACACAAUAAAAUGAUUAAAAAAGGUAAUUGCCAAUUUUUCUCACAGUUCUUUUUUUCUUACAAAUCAGAAUGGCAACAGUCAGAAUUGCAAUGUAAACUCAGAGUUGUGAAGUAUAAAUGUAGAAUUGUGAGAUAAAAACAGAAUUGCGAUAUAAAAUUUGAAUUUUGAAAUAUAAAAACAAUUGCAAUAUUAGAAUUUCGAGAUAUAAAAUGAGAAUUGUGUUUUGAGAUAUGAAAACAGAAUUGCAAUUGAAUACAGAAUUGUCAGAUAUAAACAGAAUUGCAAUAUUAAAUUAGAACUUCAAGAUAUAAACAGAAUUGCAAUAUAAACUCAGAAUUGAGAUAAAAACAGAAUUGAGAUUAUAAAAUUAGAAUUUUGAGAUAUAACAACAGUAUUGCAAUAGAAAUACAGAAUUUUCAGAUAUAAACUGAAUUGCAAUAUAAAAUUUUUAAAUAUAAAAACAAUUGCAAUAUAAAAACAGAACUGCAAUAUAAACUCAGAAUUGUGAGAUAUAAAUUAGAAUUGCGAUAUAAAAUUAGAAUUGCAAUAUAAAUACAGAAUUAUCAGAUAUAAACUGAAUUGCAAUAUACAAUUUGAAUUUUGAAAUAUAAACACAGAAUUGCAAUAUUAAAUUAGAAUUUCGAGAUGUAAACACAGAAUUUCGAGAUUUAAUCGCAGAACUGCAAGCCUAAAUUUUGAAAUAUAAAAAGUUGCAAUUACCUAUAUUUUUUUAUGCUGUGACAGAAACGGCUUCUAUGUAAGCUGGUGUAUUAAAACAAACAGACAAAUCAGCUGGCCUUCAUUUCCUUCAAGACAAAUAUAGUUUCAUGUUUUUCUCGCUGUGAUGUUGGGGUGAAGCGCGAGCUGCCGUCUGUCUGUCUGUCCGUCUGUGAGAUCCGUCUGUCGGCUGGUUUUCUGGACACGUUUCUCUGCUGUGAAGUGAAGCGAGCGUCAGAUCGGCCGAGAUCGUUGUGAGCAUCUGUUCUGCUCUCCAGCGUUUCCAUCCACCGCCGCCGUCGCGUGUGUUUAUCAGACGGGUUCGAUGUUGGGCUCGGCGCCGGACGCUGCUAGUGAAACAUCGAGUCCGGUUACUGUGUUACGCUGGUAAACGAGUGUUAGUUAAGCUUCAUCAUCAGUGCUUCAUCUACACAACAGGAGCAGAACCCAUGAAAGUACUUUAGUCAUCUGUGUGUGUAUUGUUAAUACAGAUGAGACAUGAAUCUGUCCAGAACUGUGUUUAAAGAGCAGGUUUGUUUGAAAUAUUAAUGUAUUUUAAUGUUACAGAAGUUUCGCGUCUGCCGCUGCAUUGCACUGUAAAAUCAGCUGUUGAACAGCUCGGGUCUGAUAGAAAUGUAGAAAUAUAACGAUGAGAAGAUCAGCCGUCGAAUGAAUAAAAGCUUCACGUUAUCUGUUCGUGUCACGCUCGAGCUCUUCACCGUGUUAACUAGUCCUAGCUUUUGUCUAGGUUGAGUAUGGAAAGAAACAAAAUAUCCGCGUUCUAUUUUAAGAUGUACUUUUACGAUCGUUGCUCUUAAUUUUUGUUAUUUUGAUAACCAGGGAAACUGUGUGUGUUGUAAAUAAUGUCCUGAAAGCAUAGGUGCUUCUGAUGGAACAUUUUUUAAGACUGUAUCCUCACCUUAUUUUACAGAAAAUAAAGAAUUUAAGUGAAUAUGUG